AUAACAUGCAUCACUCCCAACACACACUAUCAAAAAUCAGUCACAGAGUGAGUGAAAGAGUUACUCAUCAAAUUAAAUAUAAUGUGUUCUUCUGGAUUCUCAGCUUCUUCAACUGCUGAAGAAGUUACUCAUGGAAUCGAUGGGGUUGGCCUCACUGCUAUUGUCACAGGAACCACAAGAGGCAUUGGCGUAGAGACUGCAAGAGUUCUUGCUCUGCGUGGUGUGCACGUGAUUAUGGCGGUGAGAAACAUGAACGCUGCAAAAGAUGUCAAAGAAGCAAUUCUUAAGGAGAUUCCAACAGCUAAGGUUGAUGCCAUGGAAUUAGACCUUAGUUCAAUGGAAUCUGUCCGCAAAUUUGUGUCAGAUUUCAAUUCCUCUGGUCUCCCACUCAACAUCCUAAUAAACAAUGCAGCAAUUCUGGCAAUUCCUUUUACUCUGUCCAAAGACAACAUUGAACUACAAUUUGCCACAAAUCAUAUAGGUCAUUUUCUUUUGACAAAUCUUUUGUUAGAUACCAUGAAGAAAACAGCUUAUGAAAGUAAGAAAGAAGGAAGAAUUAUUAAUAUCUCCUCGGACGGUCACCGAUACACAUAUGCCGAAGGAAUUCAAUUUGAUACAAACAAUGAUAAAUCAAGUUACAACAUGUGGUAUGCAUAUGGCCAAUCAAAGCUUGCCAACAUAUUACAUGCCAAUGAGCUUGCAACACGUCUUAAGGAAGAAGGGAUAGAUAUAACUGCUAAUUCUCUUCAUCCGGGAGCUAUUGUCACCAAUAUUUUAGAUCCUCAUCUUCUUGAUUCUAUACCAGCUGAGCUAAUUAAUUCUCUUGGGAAAUAUGAGAUUAAAACCCUCCAGCAAGGAGCAGCAACAACAUGCUAUGUAGCAUUGCAUCCACAAGUGAGGGGAAUUAGUGGCCAAUAUUUCUCAGAUUGUAAUGUGUCCAAGCCAAGCACCCAUGGAACUAACACUCUUAUGGCCAAGAAACUCUGGGAUUUAUCCAUGAAAUUAACUCAUCAAUGAGAUCAUCAGUAGAGUACCUAUCUCCAAUUUAGUUUCAAGGAGUUUUAGGUGGGAUCCUUUAUUUUUCAAUAAAAUUUUUUAUUUUCUAUAAGUAUUUAAAAAGAAAAUAAUGUGGAAAAUAAUGUUUGUAUCUGAGAACAAAACACAAAAAUUCAAUUCACCUAAUUUUUGUGAGUAAAAGAAUUAGCGUGAUCAAUAAUUUUUGUGAGUAAAACAAUAAAAUGGCUGGACUAUUCAUUCAUCCUUUAUC